UGUUUCCACACGAGCCCUUUACGUCGGACUUCUGAGGGUAUGCAUGGGGCGAUGUCAUAUAUAAGAAAAACAGAGCUGUGGCGAUCAAACAUGUGGAUCGGAAAACGCCUCCUGUCAUCCGUUCUCCUCAAAGGGCAUUACAGUCUGUUUUGUCGCUCCCCGAGCUCCUUGCCUGAAUAUGAGCUUAGAUUUUUGCACUGCACCUGUUGUAGAAGGAGCAGAAUCGCGAUCUCUGGGCUGGACACCCUGGAUGCAUCUGUUUCCUCUGAAUUAUGCCAAGAAAAGGACAAACCCAUGGACUCAUGUUAUACUGCAGCGCAGCGUGCUGUCAUCCUCCAGCGCCUCAAUACAGCCACAGAGUCAGAACUGGAACAGGUCAAAUUGCUACGAGGACGGAAAGCUGUUAACAUUGUCAAAUACAGAACCGCACAUGGACCAUUCAACAGUCUGGAGAGUGUCAUGAAUGUGCCCUUACUGAAACACAAGAGUGCUGUCAUAGUCUUUAACUCUAUCCUUAAUCCAGCUGACAAAAAGAGGAAAAAGGGAAAAGUUCAUCUGGCCAAAUUUAUAAGACCUGAGGUUGACCGAGCUCUGUUGGAGGAUGCAAGCUCUAUAGUGUCCAUUGUUUGUGGUACUAAUAAAAUUGCAUGGACACACAUGGGUCGUGCAAGAACUGUCUUAGACUGGCAGCAAGCAGAGUGCAAGAGUUUUAUGAAAGGAAUGUACAUGGCAUCCGAUUAUUUGGAAGAUAUCUCCACUGUUAUUUCAAGCUUCCCUCCUGCCGACUUUUUUUUGGUGGAGAAGCCAAGCAUCUCUCCCCAGAAUACUUCUCUUUAUCCAGUCUUGGUCCAUCUCCGAACAGUAGAGGCCAUGCUAUUUGCUUUACUCACUCCAGCAAGGGACCCAGGAAGCCCCCCAAAAGUCCUUAAUAUGAUGCGCACAGCUGUCGGCCGUCAUUUCAACCUAAUAGUGGGAGAUUGUCGGACAAGUGGAGCUGAGAUAGUGAGGAAGAUGAUGACGGAGUCUGUGAUGAAGCAAGAUCCACGUGUUCUUUUUCCUCACGACUUGGUGUUGAAGCACAGAAAUUCCUUUCAGAUGAGCAGUAGGAACAGAGGGGAAGAGCUAUGUGACGCUCUCCUGCAAGCUGUUACAUUUUUCGAACUCCUGCGGGAGUGAAUCGCU